GGAGAAAAGAUGGUCAGAUUCAAAAACAGAUACUUACUCAUUCAGUUAAUCUAUGGUCCCCACGAGAGCUCGACGAUCGGGUCUAAUCAUCAGUCAGGACCAUCAGGAACCAAGCAAGUUAACGAAAAGAGUCUGAUCGACUUGAUCCGGCAAUCCAUCCAACUCAACUUCGGUGACCUUGGAGCCGGUGAAGCUGGUGCUGAUCUCACGGUCAAGUAUUAUUCACCCACUACGUCCAACUUAAUCCUCAGGUGCAAGAGAGAUCAAGUCACAAAAGUUAGAGCGAGCUUACUAUUCAUCAACCAAAUCAACCCUCAAACUCCAGUGAUCUUCAACGGCAUUCAUGUCUCAGGGACGAUUCGGAAAACGCAGAGCUUUCUGAUCGAGUUCGAUCGUCAACAGAUCUUAUCUUUCGAUUAAAGAUCUUCAUCUCCUACGUACUGAUCUUUCGAUCCAGCUCACUCUUCUCAAAAACACGCAAACACAAUUAUUCACUUAUCCGAAAAAAACAUCUAAGAACGCGUCUUACGAUCUUCCACAACAAACCACCAGUCAGCUUAUAACAGUCCGCUUGGAAAAAAUAAAAAAAAACUCAACCUGCCAUCACUUCAGUUGUAAUAAUAUCAUACCACCACUCGUUCAUUUUGGUUUUUGUUGACCAUCACAGCC